AUGAAUUUUAUGAACAAACUAGCCGGAAACGAGUAUGUGGGCUUCAGCAACGCACGUAACUUCCAGUCGGAGCGCGAGUCUGGAGAUAGAAACUUCGCCAUCGGUUACUACCUGAAGGAGAAGAAGUGCUUCCCUGAGGGAACGGACAUGACCUCCAUCCUGGACUUUUACUUCCAGCUUUGUUCCAUCGAGGUGACCUGUGAGAGCGCCAGCGUCAUGGCAGCGACUCUGGCCAACGGAGGAUUCUGUCCAAUCACAGGGGAGCGUGUGCUGAGCCCCGAGGCUGUACGCAACACGCUCAGUCUCAUGCACUCCUGCGGCAUGUAUGACUUCUCCGGCCAGUUUGCCUUCCACGUCAGUAUCUCGUUUGCGCUGUCGUCCAUGGAUAUGGAGCAGAGGGACUAUGACUCCAGGACCGCUCUGCAUGUGGCUGCUGCUGAAGGGCAUGCCGAGGUGGUGCGCUUCCUGCUGGAGGCUUGUAAAGUCAACCCAGUUCCCGGAGAUAGGUGGGGAAACACGCCGAUGGAUGAGGCAAUCCACUUUGGCCACCAUGACGUGGUGACCAUCCUCCGCGACUACCACAACCAGUACAGCCCCCAGGAUACCAGCUCGGACAAGGAGACCGCAGAGAAGAACCUGGAUGGUAUGCUGUGAACCGAAUCUUCAAACACCUCCCCUCAACAAAACCAGGGUGGUAUGCUCCGAACCGAAUCUUCAAACACCUCCCCUCAACAAAGCCAGGGUGGUAUGCUCCGAACCGAAUCUUCAAACUUCUCCCCUCAACAAAGCCAGGAUGGUAUAUUCUGAGAGGAAUCCAUCAACAAAA